CUCACUCCCAACCCUGGCAAUCACUGAUCUUUUUAUUGUCUCUGUAGUUUCAUCUUUCCCAGAAUGUUAUACAGUUGGAAUCAUAGUAUGUAGCUUUUUUCAGACUGGCUUCUUUCUCUUAUCAAUAUGCAUCAGAAUUCUUCCAGGUCUUUUCAUGAUGAGUUCACUUUGUUUGUUUACUUUUAAAAAUUUGCCAAGUUCACUAGUGAGAGGGGGAGAAAGAGUAGAGCAAGGAGUUCUGUCUGUGACUGAACAAUCAAUUGAGAUAAUUCACUACUUGCCGGAGAGCGAGAUUUCACUUUUGAAGAGAUGAUUCGUCUUUAGUCAGCAUGUCACUCAUUGUGUGCAAUGUCAAACACUGGUAAAAUAGGGGCAGGCCAGGAUAAUGGCAGUUUUUUGUUUAUUUGUUUUCAUAAAUAGUUUUUUAUUUUAAAUCCAAUUUAUCACAUUUUUUCUCAUGGCUAGUGAUUUUUGUCUCUUGUUUAAGAAAUUUUUCCCAUCUCAACAUCCUGAUGAUAUUCUAUGCUUUCUUCUAGAAGUUGUUUUAGUUCCUCAUUUAGCUCUAUGAUCCAUUUCAAAGUAAUUUUUGUGUAUGGUAUGAGGUAGAAAUCAAGUCUUACAGCUACCAUCUUUUUAUCUAAGCAAUGUAAAAAGGAGGUGGAAGUUUCACACUCUAGUCUUAUAUUGUAUCACUGGAUAAAUAUGUCCACUGUUGACUUUGGAGAAAAAGCAAACCAAAAAGCAAACUGAUCUACAGUUUUUAAAUGUAAUCUUAUGAGGGCUUUCUGAAAGGAGAGCUGAACUUAAGGAUAGAUAAUAUAUAAAAAAACUUGAGUGCUGCUGCUAAAAUCAUGCUGAAUUUGCCAUACUAUUUAAUUACCAGAAAUAGUUCUUUAUUGCAAUGUUUCCCAAAUUUUGCUGUCCAUUUUACAAUCAACUGGGGAGUGCUUAAAGAUCCCUAUCUCCAGGCUGUACCCCAUACCCAAUAAAUCACAACGUUUGGUUGUGGAAGCCAGGCAUCAGAUUUCCAGGUGAUUUUCAGUGGGCAACAAAAUUUGGAAUCCACAGCCUUACUAGAUGCCAAAUAAUGAGUUUAGUGUUUCCGCAUGUGUGAUCUUGUUUCUUGUUUUUUAAUCCUAAUAACCCUGCAAGGAAGGUUUUAUUGUCACUUUUUUUUUCUACAGUUGAGAAAGAAACUCAAAAUAAAGUCAAUGAUUUAAAAUCACACAGCUCUUUAGGAUUAAAAUCCAGGGCUGUUUGACUCUUAAGCCUGUGUUCUCAUACAACUCAUGUUUUCAUUGUGGGAGAGAGUCCAAAAAUAAAGAAAACUAAGAUAAUUCUAGUUACCAUGGAGACAAAAUAAGGCAUGAGUUAAAAAGUAACUUGAAAGAUACUUGAUAGUAUUAUUGUAGAAGGCUCCUCAGAGCAGGUGAGGCUUUGAGCAGAGACCUAACUCAUAAAAAAGGAGCCAGCCAUGGGAAGUUCUAGAGGGAAGAGUUCCAGGCCGAAGUAACAUUGAGGUCAGAAGCCCUGAGGUGGGAAUGAAUUAGUGAGAGAACCUGGAAACAUUAACACCUUAUUAGCAAUGAGCUCACCUAGCACCCAGACCUUGGCUUCUAAAUACCCAUUCUCCAUUAAAAGGAAUCAAAGUUCCUUGGAAAUGGCUAAUUCCAAGGCAAAGUAUAAGAUGAGCCUGAAACAUCUUGUUCCAGGAAGCAGACAAGUGAUCAAAGAAUCUCGAGGAGGACAUGUCCAAAGGACACACAAGCCUGCUUGAAGGGGCUCCCAUUGGCCAAAUCAGAUAAUUUCAACAUCAAAAUAAAUAAUAAUGGAUUAUAACUCAUUUGAUAAACCAUGGGUCAAUGCUAAUAUAAAUAAAUGAACAGUCUAGGCAUGAUGGCUCACGCAUGUGAUCCCAACGCUUUGGGAGGCCAAGGUGGGCAGAUCCCUUGAGCCCAGGAGUUCGAGACCAGCUUGGCCAACAUGGGGAAACCCUGUCUCUACUAAAAAUACAAAAAUUAGCCAGGCACGGUGGCAGGUGCCUUAAUCUCAGCUACUCAAGAGGCUGAGGCACAAGAAUCAUUUGAACCUGGGAAGUGGAGGUUGCAGUGAGCUGAGAUGACUCCAGCUGAGUGAUGGAGUGAGACUCUGUCUCAAGCAAAAUGAAUAAAUAAACAAAUAAUUUGAAGCAGAAUGUGAUGUUGACAUGGUCUUUAAAUACCUCCUUACAAAAAUACUUAUUUACAAAGGAGGAAAAAAGUAACUACAGUGGAGAAGCCUGGCAGAUACAACCUUAAACAAGAAAACAAAGGUAAAAUCAUCAGUGCCACGACAAACUGAAAUCAUGUGCCUUCUGAUAGAAGGCAAUGAGAAGACCGUAAUACCACUUUCAUAAUAUUCUUGCCAAAGAUUCAUAACCUGACUCAAAUCAUUAGGAAACAUGAGACAAGAGGAAUUGUUGGCAGCUAUCUUUGUAGACAAUCUGCUACAAAAAUGCUAAGUUUGAGGAGCUUCUGAGACAUUGAAGUAGGAAAUUCCAUGCAGGAGUUUGGUGUUCAGGAAGACUUGUGGACCAGUUAUGUAAAUGUGGGAGUUAUUAGCAUAAACUAAUAUUUAAAACCUUGGAACUUGGUGAGUUUGCCUUGAAAUGGAGGGUAGACAAAAAAGAGAGGAAGGCUCAGAACUGAGCCUGAGGUGCUUCUGCAUCUAGAGGUGAUACAGAGAAGACAACAGAGAAAACUGAAAAGGGCCCUGUGAAAUAGGAAGAGAACUAAAGUGUAUGAUCUAGUGAAAGGCAAGAGAAAAGCAUUUCAAGAAGGCACCUAUCUUGUUGAAAGGUCAAGUAAGAAGUGGUCUUUGGACCAAGUCUCACAGAGACCACUGAUGGUUUGAUAACAAGAACUCAUGUUGCUCAAACUGAGUACCUCAAUCUCCAAGGCAUUCAACAGUGAGCCCAUUUUAAAAGUCACUCAGAGUGUCAGUUUUACUCAGUAAUAAGUAAGUCUAAAUAUUUUUGUCUAUUAAAAUAAAAGAGCUUUAUUAAACACAACCAUGCAAAAUUUCCAUACAUUUUCAAGAUCUUAUAUUAAGAAAAAUAAGUAUGUAUGCCCAUGGGACUUUGGGUCACAAUGUAUCAGCUCAGCUUCUGGAGGAACUGGAGACCGAGGUCACUGGUGGACAAUUAACUGUGCCUAUAUGGCCAAGCCCCAAUAAAAACUCUGGACAACAAGGCUCAGGUGAGUUUCUCUGGAUGGCAGUAUUCCAUGCAUACUGUCACGUGUCUCUGCCACAAGAAGUUCAUACUGUUCACAAUUCCACUAGGAGAGGACAACUGGAAGCUUUGAAUGUGGAACUCUGCACCGUGUGCCUCUUCCCUUGGCUGUUUGGUUUUUUCUCCCCGCCUGUAUUAUUUUGCUGUAAUAAACUGUAACCAUGAGUAUAAUGGCUUGCAGUGAGUUCUGUGAGUCCUUCUAGUAAAUUAUCAAACCAACCUGAGGGCAGUCUGAACUUUGCAAAACCUGAAAUUGGUGUCAGGAGUGAGGAUGGUUUUGGGGACUCCCAAACUUUGCACUUUGAGACCAUCAUUUUCCUCUGCCAACAUAGGAACCUGGAUGGGAAAACUUGAGAAACACUUAUCUAGACCCACACCAUCAUAAAUUAUUAUAAUCCAAAAAUAUUUAUUAACCAUCUGCUCUGUGACAAGUACUGCGCUGGGUAGUAGGAAUCUAAAAAUGAGCAAAGCACAGUCCAGCUCCUCCCCUCAAGGAGCUCAUAGACAUCGUACCACAGCAAAGAGGGAGUGAACAAGAUAGUUAUAUAACUCUGCCCUGGAGCCUACUUCCAGGGAGGAAUGGCAAGUUAUGUGUGAGUGUGAGUAUCAUCUAAACGAGCAGGCAUCCUUAAGUGAAAUCUAAAUACACUGAUAACAACUUCAUUUGGGUGUCAUUCCCAUUUAGUUCACCAGGAGUCAAAGAGUUCUAGUUUCCCUGAAUACUAGGCAUAUGGUUACACCAUUUACCAAAAGAAGGAACAAAAAUGCAGAGAAAAAUUAUAUGAAAAGACAGAUUACGGUUCCAAUAGGUGGGUGUUUGAGGCCCCAGAAGGAUACCAUAUGGAAAAUGUAAUCCAGGUGGUGGUCGGGUCUAGAGUUUGGGUGGAAAGAUUGGUAUUAGACACCCAGAUUUGGGAAUCAUAGCAUAAAGUAGUUAAUGCGGUGGAAAGGGAUGGGCUGACUUGCAACUUUGUAAUGCCCUUUAAAAUGUUAGAAGCAUCACUGAAAGAUAGUACAAUAUGUUGGGAAACACCAACAUUUAAGGGCCAUAUGGAGCAAAGCAGACAGAGAAGAGGCUGACAAUGAGAAGCCAGAGAGUUUGGACGACCCGAGUGGUAGGCUAUGAUCCAAGAGGAGUUUUGUCAAAGCUAUUCAGAGCGCACUUGAAUGAGGUCAAGCAGGAAAUGAUUUGGUUCUUGGCUUGGGAAGUCCACCACCCCUAGAGGUCUUCCAUGACAACCUAGGGAAACACACUGAGAGUAAUUUUUAUUUGGAAGACGAGAUGCAGUGGAUCAGGAAAAAAUCCUACCCUCUCUGGGCAAGGGCUAAAGUGGAGUGACAGCGAAAAGACAAAAUUCUUAGGUCUUCUAUGCCUUUGGUAAAUGCUAUCGAAUGCAGGAAGUUUGGCUGGGAUCCCUGGCUCAGAACUUCGUCUCUUCUCAGAGUUCCUCAGAAAUGAGCAAAAGCAGCCCCCGCCCCUGCUUGGGAACGUGCCGGGCCCGCCUCCAGCCUCAGCCCCUCCGAGGGGGAGCAGGAGCGUGGCGCAACCGCCAGCGGGCGCAGACUGCAGGCUUAUUUGUAAGAGUUGGGGCGGGGCCACGCGCGGGGCGGGCCCUGGGGUGGCUUCCGGUUUCCGGCUUCCGGCGGAGUGCUCGGUUGUCGCUCGCAGCCGUCAUGGCAGCGGAGGAGAAGGACCCUCUGAGCUAUUUCGCGGCAUACGGGAGCAGCAGCUCAGGCUCCUCGGACGAGGAGGAUAACAUCGAGCCGGAGGAGACGAGUCGCAGAACCCCGGAUCCGGCGAAGUCGGCGGGCGGCUGUAGGAACAAGGCGGAGAAGCGGCUCCCGGGACCUGACGAGCUGUUUAGGAGCGUGACUCGCCCGGCCUUUCUCUACAAUCCGCUCAACAAACAGAUAGACUGGGAGAGGCACGUCGUCAAGGCGCCUGAGGAGCCUCCAAAGGAAUUCAAAAUAUGGAAGUCAAAUUAUGUACCACCUCCUGAGACCUACACCACUGAGAAGAAGCCUCCGCCUCCAGAGCUUGACAUGGCAAUAAAAUGGUCUAACAUAUAUGAGGACAAUGGUGAUGAUGCUCCACAGAAUGCUAAGAAAGCUAGGCUUCUACCAGAAGGGGAGGAGACGUUGGAAUCAGAUGAUGAAAAAGAUGAGCAUACUUCUAAAAAGCGCAAAGUAGAGCCAGGAGAACCAGCAAAGAAGAAAAAGUAGAAACAAAUGACCAGAAUUUCUGUACUGCUAAACUUGUUGAAAUGUUUCUUUGGACAGAUUAAGUUGAUAUUGUGGGUUAUUAUGCCACAUCUCCAUGAAAGUGCAUACGUUAAUGAACUAAUAAGUAUUGCCUCAAGAACUUUCCACUGUAGAAUUCUUUUUUUAUUUAAAACAUGUAUGUAUUUAAAACUCAACUGGUGACUUGUGAUUGUGAAAUUGAUAACACUUGGAUGCAUUCUUGCUCUCACAGAAUUGGUGACAUGCUUUGAGAGUUUUGUCACAUGUUGACAUGCCAAUGUUCUAUAAACCUUUUAUAAAGGAAUAUAUUUUUAAAGUAAAUAUAUUGUAAUGUACUGUGAACUUGUAGGGUGCUUUCAACAGUCUUUGUACAGUGUAAAUAGAUCAUGGAAAUAAAAUUACUUAUUCAAUAUUACUAUUAUUGUAUAACAUUAACAUUUGAAUGUUUGUCUGUGACAAGUACCCUAUUUGUCGUGUGACAUUUUAAGUUGUAAUAAGAAGUAUUACCAUUUAAAGAGUGCCUCCUGUGUUCCAGGUGCUUUGUGCAUAUAUUUUCUCUGAUCCUUAAACAACCUAGCAAGGUAUUAUUAGUAUUCUCAUUUUAUAAUAAAGAGUGCUUGAGUAGCUUGUCUAAUGUUACACAGCUAGUGAGUGGUUCAUUUGGAAUUUAACUUGGGACACUUGAACCUCAAAAUCAUCACAUUAAACCACCUGUCCACCAGUCAAAAUUUAGUCAUCUUUCAGGAAUGACAUCAAUUGUCAUCUCUUCCAGGUACUUUUCUGUUGUACCUGGAGAUCCGUUAGUGGAGAGCUUUUCCUCUCCUGAUUGGAUGACUGUACUUGUCAUCUGUGCUUUAUGGUUAUUCAUUAAUUUCUUUAUUAAAUUGUAAGUUUACAGGACAUUCAGUUAAAUUUGAAUUUCAGAUAAAUAAUGUUUUAGUAUAUUUAAUAUUCAGGACGUAUACAAAAAAUGUGUUUAUCUGAAAUUCAAAUUUAACUGAACAUCUUUUAUCUGGUAACCCUACUUCUACAUGUUUUCUCUACCCAGCUUCUAUUUUAAUGCUUUGCGUAUAGUAAUAAUAAAAUGAACAAGAAGUAGUUGGGAAGGUGUGAUCUUUGAGUUCCAAAAUGCAGUUAUUUUAGCAUUUUGAACAAUAAAAAGGUUACACUCUGCAUCAAUCUUUCCAUGAAUCUGAAGCCCUUAAGAGAUAAGAAUUACAGAACAGUGCACAUUCAGUGUAUAAGAACAAGACAGCCAAGCAUGGUGGCUUAUGCUUGUAAUCCCAGCACUUUGGGAGGCCAAGGUGGGAGGAUAGCUUGAGGCCAAGAGUUGGAGACCAGCCUAGACAACAUGAUAAGACCUCAUCUUUACAAAAAAUAAUUUAGAAAAAGACAUAAUCUGAGUAUUUUUUUUUUAAAUCUGUUUUUCCCCAUUGUGGAAGAUAAAAUUUGAACAAUUACGUGAGAUUUGUUUACUUAGGCAUGUGUAUCAAGUAGAUUAAAAUUCAUAAAAGUCAUUAAGAGUGAUUGCACCAGCCAUGGUGCUUUGUGGAAUGAAGGUCCAUAACAGCAUGAUGGCUUCCAGUAUAUCUCGAGUUUAGAAAAACCAAUUCUAUAGCUGCCCAUCCUCUAGGUUUGCAAAUAUAUGAAUCCCAAAAUUGAAGUAAUUGCUAAAGCAAGAAUAUGUUUUUUUAAGAUUGUAGUCUUUGUAAUGAAUUUGGAAAUCUGUGGUAUCAUAUACUAAGGAGUGGCAUCAAGUGAUAAAGCAAGACCAUAGUAUGUACAUGACACCAAACACAACCAAAUCAAGUUAUAUUUGUGAAGUUGUGAUUCCCAAGCUCUGGAGAAAUCUAAAAUUUGGAUGCAUGUGUUGGUGGAGCAAAUAUCUCAGAAGUUACUGAAAUAUUGCAAGGUUCUUAAGUUAGCAGGAAAGCAAACUUUUUUCUCUCUUUCCUGGGAGAUGUGCAGAGUAUGUUGUAUGAGGAGGAAGACAGGACUUAGGGAAGAGGCUAAAUAUUUUGGAGCAAGUCUGACUCAGCCAUUUGUAUCUCCUGGUUGGAAAAUGGACUGUCAUAUCACUACAUUCAUCAUCACAUUAGAGAAUAGAUUAUUUUCCCCUUUAGAGAUGUCCUGGGAACGUGUUUGCACAAGUGUCCACGUGGGUACUGAGGUGAAGUUUGGUUGAGCUAGUGGAAACCUAGUGGGGAGAAGUCUUAAAAAUCCAUAUAUGUAAGAAAAAUCAUCUGUCCAAGUAUCUUUCAUUUAGAGAAUCGAGUCACUUGAUACUUCUGAUUGUUUCCUCCACUUUAAGUUAAGCCUGGGCAACAUGUUGAGAUCCUGAUCUGGUUUGGCUGUGUCCCCAACCAAAUCUCACUUGAAUUGUAAUUCCCACAAUUCCCACGUGUCAUGGGUGGUGACUGAAUUAUGGGGGUGGGUCUUUCCGGUGCUGUUCUUAUGAUAGUGAAUGAGUCUUACGAGAUCUGAUGGUUUAAAAAACCAUCAGUGCAGGGAGUUGCCCUGCACAAGCUCUCUGCCUGCUGCCCUCCACAUAAGAUGUGUCUUGCUCCUCCUUGCCUUCUGCCAUGAUUGUAAGGCUUCCUCAGCCAUGUGGAACUGUAAGUCCAAUUAAACCUGUUUCUUUUGCAAA